UUUCUUUGUAAUACUUUUUCUCUGCUCCCCACGCUCCCCAACCGUCUCCCUUCUCUUCAAUUUUCGGAAAACCCACUCCUCCCUCCUCUAUAAAUGCCUAAUCGGCCUCCAUAGAGGGAUAGCAGCGAGGUGGCAUCGAAGAUGGGGUUAUUGGAAUCGGAUUGGUGGCGCAUGGCGGCGGCGAGUGUGGUCGUCGCUGUGGUGGCGUCCUCAGGGUUGUGGAGGGCGUUGCUGUUGGUGCAUCAGUGGUUCCAUGAGCGGAAGCUCGACGACGAUCUUCGCCGCCGGCUGCCGCCCGGCAAUCUAGGUUUGCCGUUUAUCGGCAAUAUGUGGGCGUUUCUCCGGGCAUUCAAGUCCGGCGCUCCCGAUUCCUUUAUUGACUCGUUUGUUCAAAGGUAUGGCCGCAUCGGGAUAUACAAGUCAUUCAUGUUUGGAAGCCCAACAAUUUUGGUUACUAUACCUGAAACCUGCAAACAAGUAUUGAUGGAUAAUGAGAACUUUGUAACAGGAUGGCCUAAGGCUGCUGUUGAACUUAUUGGAAAGAAAUCAUUCAUCAAACUACCUCACGAAGAACACAAGCGGCUGAGAAAACUAACUUCAGCUCCUAUAAAUGGUUAUGAAGCACUUUCCACCUACCUGAAAUUCAUUGAAGAAUCUGUUGUAUCUGCGCUGGAGAAGUGGGCAGAGAUAGAACAAGUAGAGUUCCUUACGGAGGUUCGGAGGCUUACAUUCAGGAUUAUAAUGCACAUUUUUCUUAGCACGGAGGGUGACACUGUGAUCGAAUCUUUAGAAAGAGUUUACACUGAUCUCAACUAUGGUAUGAGAGCGAUGGCAAUCAACUUUCCUGGAUUUGCAUACCACAGGGCCCUAAAGGCUAGAAAGAAAUUGGUGCAAGUCCUCCAAGCCGCUCUGGAUGGCAGAAGGGCUUUGAGGUCCAGAGGACCUCGGAAGGUAAACGACAUGAUGGAUGGCUUAAUCAAAGUUGAAGAUGAAAAUGGCCGUAGAUUAGAUGACGAGCAAAUCAUUGACAUAUUGAUCAUGUACCUCAAUGCUGGCCAUGAAUCUUCUGGUCAUAUUAUUAUGUGGGCCACCACCUUCCUACAAGAAAACCCGGAAUGUUUUGAAAAAGCUAAGGCCGAGCAGGAAGAAAUUAGGCGAAAUUUGCUACCCACACAGAAGGGAUUAAGACUCAAGGAUGUCCAAAAAAUGGAAUAUCUUUCGAAGUUUAUUGAUGAGACAUUAAGGCUCGUAAACAUCUCCUUCGUGUCUUUUCGAAAAGCAACAUCUAACGUUUACAUCAAUGGAUACUUAAUUCCAAAAGGGUGGACAGUUCAACCAUGGUAUAGGAGUGUCCACAUGGAUGCUGAAGUUUAUCCUGAUCCUAAGAAGUUCAAUCCAUCUAGAUGGGAUGAUCUUGUACCAAAAGCUGGGACCUUUCUUCCCUUUGGAGCUGGUAGCCGACUUUGUCCUGGAAAUGAACUUGCCAAGCUAGAGAUCUCGGUUUUCCUGCAUUAUUUUCUCUUGGGUUACAGACUUGAACGGGUCAAUCCAGACUGUCCUGUGAGAUAUUUGCCUCAUCCAAGGCCUAGGGAUAAUUGUCUCGCAAGGAUCAUAAAGCUAACAACAAACUAACCGUAAUCCAAAGGCUUCUAUGCCAUAAUGUUUAGAAAGAUCGAAUGAUGAAAUAAUAAUUGCAGAUUCUCUAUGUUUUUUGAUCA